CACUUCGUCACAGGCAUUAUGCCGGAGGUGUACCAGUUGUACAGCUUGGGGACGCUUCCAAGCCAGCUCUUCGCGAAUUCGUUUGUUUGGGCGUGCAUGUCUUUCAGUCAUGAAACAAACCAGCACUUUGGUACUAGAGUUCCCCUGGAUAUGAUUUCUUUCCUCUCUUUGAGUUUAUCUUCGAAGUUUAGUUUAUCUCCCAAUGUACAUCAGGUAAAAUGUCUGACCAAAGUCCUUCAUUCUGGGUUGUGCCAGCAACCGGAGACGAAGCUGCAGAUGACAAUGAACUGACAGCGUCAUCUUUUCGAUUUUUCCAUUGUCGAUUCCACAGAUCGUUCCUGCAGCGGCAGAACAUGAUGGAUUCGCCGGUUCAUCAAGUCGAGCUUUCACACUCAGCAGCUACGGAGAGAAGGAACGCUUUUCUGGAGCAAAGGCGAGAGCGACUUGCUGCUGGCUUGGCCAGAGUGGACCGUACACGAUCACUAAGAGAAGAGCAGCUGCAGCGUCUGAGAGAGAAGGGUCGUGAUGUCCAGCGGCGCUUAGAAAUGGCAUGCGCUGGAAAGCAACAACGCCUGCAGAGCACAACUGAGAAAUGCAGUGAACGAGUCGCACAUGCUAAAGCUGUGGCUGCUCGAAUCCGCGAGAAGGAGAAUGAGCGCAAGUCUAUCAAGAUGCAGAAAUACCGGGAUCGACUGCAGGAGAAUGAAGCGCGCCGCUGCAAUCACCUGCGCAAGCGCUCCAACAUGAGCAAUCGCAACGAAGGCCACGCGUCGCAGGCUGGUGGCUGCUUGGCUGCUGAUGAAAACUAUGCAGCUACCGCCAUCCAGCGCUGGUGGAGGCGCGUGUGUGUGAAGCGUGCUGCGGCGGCAUUCCGCGCAGCCGUUCCACGCACUUUGAUACGCCUCUUGCGCGGUCAACCUGUGGAGAAGCUGACCUACCCUAUUGCGCAGCACAUUGUGUCGUUGCCCGAAGUUGUGGCUGCCACACAAACCCUGCUUUGGAAGCUGGCCCAGGUUUGUCCUCACAUCGGUGUGACCGACUGCAAGAGUACAACCCGGCAAGCGAGGUUUGUCCUGUCCUCUCUCAUCAUCAAGUUCUUCCCAAAAGACGUCAUCGAGCAGGAAGAAGCAGCUGCGGACCAGCUGAAGGCCAGUGCCGCCGGACUUUUCACUGCCUUUGCCAAAGUGGUGGGUCUGCGUAGGUCAACACGUCGCCUUCGACUCAUGCUCUUCCUCGCCAACUGGCACAGCUUUCAAGGCGCAUUCUCAGCGUGGAAGAAGCAGGACUCGGCGCGCCUCAUAGCUAGCUACCGUGAGCACUGGCUGCAGCUUGCAGCACUGAAGCAGACCGUGAUGAGCCAGGAGGGCACUGAGCACGACGAGGCACAGUCACAGUUUGUGCCCAACAUUGAAAGGCAGCAGCAGGAUAUUCUUGUGGCUGUGCGGCGAUUGGCUGGGCAGGCCGGUGUUAGUCACUUCAUUGCUAGUUUGUCAGUAGCCCCAGUCGUCCAAACCAUCGAGCACCCUACAGGAAAUGAUGGUGCCAAUAAGGGUUCCACUUCCGACAGCAGUCAGGCAGCAGAGUCAUCAAGGACAUCCUCUGCGCCGGCCUCCGCUGGUCAGGGUAGUAGUCCUGGUGGUGCUGCUGCUUCCAAUCAGGAGGGUGAUGCUGCGUCAGCUGGCGGCGGCGGCGGAGGUGGUAACAAUGCGCCACCUGGACGCCAGCAUGUUGCUGACGACGGUGGGGAGGCUGGCUCGCACCUGGAUGUGGCAGCCAUUGCUCAAAACCUGGAGAUGGCCCACGAGCUGGUGCUGGAUGAAGACUACAAACUGCGACAGCCAGAGGCUGCACCGGGCAGCUUAAUGGCACAGGUGCGCAGUACAAUGAUGGUGGCGUUCUGGGAUCUGCUUCGAGAGCAGUUGAAGCAGGAUCCUCCCGUGUUUGACCAGGUGCUCAACCUGUUGCAUGAUGUCAAGGAGUACCUCCUGUCAGCAUUACCGAGCCGUAGGGUAACGACGCUGCACAUGCAAAUCGACGCCGGUCUGGACAUCGAUCUGAUCAAGCAGCAGAUGCAGCAGGGCAUUCUCAACAUCAAGUCGCUGGCACAGUUUGUUCUUGACGUGAUGCAGCGCAUCUGUGCGCCUUCUCGAGAUGCCGAUGUGCAGCAGUUGGUGGCAAUGCUCGGUGCUGAUGACCUGGACAUUGCUGCUAUCUUCAAGGGUAUUCUUGAUUUGCUGUCACUGAUGCGUCUGGACCUGGCCAAUCACGAGCUCAAGAGCAUUCGCCCAGUGCUUCUUCAGCAUUCCGCUCGCUACGAGCGUGAAAAGUUUGAGCAGCUCUUUCCGGACGCUCCAGACUCUGGCCUUGAGCACACUGUGGCGUGGCUUACAAAGGCCCAGCAGAGCUGUGCAGUAGCUGCACCUGGGCCAUGCUCGCCUUUGGGUGUGCUGCGCCAGGCGUUUACCGAUCUUAUCACCGAGUCAGUGGAACAUGGUCCCGAGACCUGGUGGCUGGAUACCAAGCGACUUGAGAUGAUGUCAUCACAGCUGAAGUGUGCAGUCUUCGUGCAAACUCUAUCUGUCCUAAUUGGCGGUCUUCUUGGUCGGGAAAUUGCCAACAGCGCCGAGUUUAUGGCACAGCUACGCGACACUCUUUUCAUUCUGUUGGAUGAUGGCAACAUGGGAGAUCCUGAUGAAGCCCGUGGACAUGUUUCUGUUCAAGUCAUCAGCUCAGUCAACAAGUACAGAGAAGCACACGGCCUUCCACCUCUGGACGAUGAACUCAGACAGAAGGUUGAGCUGGCAGUUACUCAGUCCCACUCUUUGGAGAACCCGGUGCAUAAUGUUCUAUCACGUCGUCUCAAGGCCUGCAUUAACCAGGCCAUCACCAGCCAAGUGAAGCACCCUGCAGAGCUGGACGUACCAGGAGGCUUUCAGCUAGUGGAGCAGCGCCUUCGGACGGUUAUAACCUCGUUCUCACGCUUAGCAGUCUACAACCAGAAGGUGUUUGGCCCAAUUUACAGUACUCUGCUGCAGCGGCUGUGUCAAGUGUAAGCGCCUUGAUGCACUUUGACUCGGCUAUUUACAUAACCUUAUCUCUUUGAAGCUACGCGCUUUAUACAUCGGCUCCAUAUGGAACUUACACUCCAGUCUUUUUAAGAAUAACUUACCUUGGCAUUCUGUCUAGUUUUAGCUAUGCUACUUAGCUGCUGUGACCUGGCCUUGUACUGUACCACAGUCCAUAAUAUACUAAUAGAUACUCAUCGGUCAUUAGUGCCGUCUAGUGCGUGAAAUAGCAGACAGAAUUAUCUAGUUCUAUUUUGUUCAUUAAUAGUGUCGGCUUGUAUCAAAGCCAAGGCGUAUUUUUACCCCUAUUUUAAUAUUUGACCCUCUCACGUAGUUCACAUUCUACCAGGGUGCACAAGUGUAUUAUUUUCAUUAGUCUCAAGUAACCAGUUACAGCCAAUGGUCUGGGCAGUAUUCCAAAUUUGUUCCUGUGUGAUAUUGUUGGAGAGAUGGUCUUGAUAUGGA